AUGCUAUCCCUCGUCCUGACUUUCUUCCUGAUCCAUGUUGCGAUUUAUCUGAUCAACACAGUUGGCGCAACGACAAUUGACAACCUGCUAUGGAUUUUCUAUUUAAAGCUACCAACCUCGACAUCGAGACAAGGUCGCGAGGCAGCCCGGCUAAAACGCGAAGCCCUUGAGCUGAAGCGAGACAUGAACAACACCAGCUCCCAGGAUGAGUUCGCGAAAUGGGCCAAGCUGCGCCGUCGACAUGAUAAGACCUACGAGGAGUAUGAGUCUGCAAACAAAGCACUUAGCUCGCAGAAAUCCUCCUUCGACUGGGCCAUCAAAAUCGCCCGCUGGGUCAGCACGAGUGGCCUCAAGCUUUUUCUACAGUUCCGGUACAAUUCUACGCCCGUCUUUGUUCUCCCGCCCGGUUGGUUCCCGUAUUUCGUUGAAUGGGGUUUGUCGUUCCCUAAGGCGCCUAUGGGAGCUGUUAGUGUGCAGGUUUGGAGCUCUGUGUGUGGGGUUGCUGUGAGGGUGCUUGCUGAGAUUGUCUCAACCGUUCUGCUGUGGGUCGGGAGCCGGAUACAGCAGAGACGUGCUAUACCUGUGGAGGCGAAGACGCAAUGA